AUGUACUCCCUUCGAGUGGCCGUCUCCCUUCCCCUGUAUACACUUCGUAUGACGCUUUUGCUGCCCGGCAAGCUGCAAUCAAUGGGCUUCUCGCGAUUAGUCGAUGUUGGCCAAUGCGAAGACGUAAGAUUGUCGCAUGGCGUUCAGCGUUUGAUGUUUUGGGCGGAAGCAGGACGAAACGCUUUUAAAGACGACGGAAUCGAAUGGGACGAAGUACCUGAACUAGAGAUUUUGGUAAACCGCCCGUAUAUAUUUUUUGUUCGUUGGCGUAAUAUCACCAUCAUGAAUGGCAACUUUGUCUUA